AUGGACGGAGACAUCCACCCGAGGCUGCUGAGGGGAAACAUCUUCGGUUUCUCGGGACCUAACAACCCCAACAUCCUUCUCAACAUCAACAUCAACAACAACAACAACACCAACAUCCUCUUCAACAUCAACAUCAACAACAACAACACCAACAUCCUCUUCAACAUCAACAUCAUCAACAUCAACAUCAACACCAACAUCAUCAGCAUCAACAUCGUCAACAACAACCUUCAGGCGGUUAAGGGCCUCAGGUUUCCGUCGGUGUUAAUGAACUUCAUCUUUCCGAAUGGAACCAACACGUCGUCUGAAUUUGAACAACACUCGGAGGAAAUGGAGGGCGCCCUUGGCUGCUCUGCGCUCUGCAGCUUCGCUUCCCUGAUGCUCCUCUUCCAGCUGCCCACGUGGGGGGCCGCAGAGGAGUUCCUGGUGAUUGGCCCCAAGGACCCCAUCGUGGCGGUGCUGGGUGGGGAGAUGACGCUGCCCUGCUUUCUGCUCCCGGCCAUCAAUGCAGACAACAUGGAGCUGCGGUGGUUCCGUUCCAAGUUCCAAGACGCAGUGUUUGUCUAUGAGAACCGGCAGGAGCGGAGGGAAGAGCUGAUGCCGGAGUACGCAGGGCGGACCGCGCUGAUGAGGGACUUCCUCACCCAGGGGCAGGCUGCUGUGCGCAUCCACCAGGUCCGGGUUUCUGAUGACGGGCAGUACACCUGCUUCUUCAAGAAGGGAGACUUCUAUGAAGAGGCCACUCUGGAGGUGAAGGUGGCAGGUGUGGGCUCCGCCCCUCAGGUGCGCAUCAACGGGCCAGAGGAAGGUGGGGUCCGCGUGGUGUGCACGGCCUCCGGGUGGUUUCCGAAGCCCCAGGUGCAGUGGAGAGACCUCAGUGGAGGGAAGUUCCUGGCUUUCUCUGAGACCCACGUCCAAGAAGCUGACGGGCUGUUCCGCGUGGAGGCCUCGCUGGUGCUGAGAGACAGCUCUGUGCAGAACGUGACCUGCUCCCUCCGCAACCCCGUCUUAGACCAGGAGAAGGUGAAGGCCAUUUUCAUCCCAGAGCCCUUCUUCCCAAAGGCCUCUCCUUGGAAGGUAGCUUCUGCAGUGACUCUGACCGUGCUGGGGCUCCUGGUGGCUGGGGCUGGUUAUCUUAUCUACAAGGAACAUUCAGCAAAGCAGCAGGCAAAGAAGAGACAGCAGGCUCUUCAGCAGGCUGAGACGGAGGACAGGAAGGAAACAGAAGAGUUCACAGGGAUCAUAGAUGGACUCCGGGCAGAGCUGGAAAGGAGGAAGACGGUUUACCAGGCUGCGUGGAGGAAGGCUCAGCUGUUUGCCGAUUGGAGGAAGGAACAGUUCCUGACCUGGUCUGUCACUUUGAAUCCACAUUCUGCUCAUCGCAACCUGGCCCUCUCUCAGGAAAACACACGCUUGAGCUGGAAUAACACCGAUAAAACCAAGGAUGAUGACAAAUGCAGUGUAUUAGGCCAUGAAGGCAUCACAUCAGGGCGAUGUCACUGGGAGGUGGAGGUCAGGGAUGGAGACAGAAGUGAAUGGACUGUCGGCGUCUGCAGGGAAGAUGCAGACAGGGAAGGCUGGUUCAGCGAGUGCCCAGAAAAGGGGUUCUGGGCUGUGGGACAUUUUUCAGAGAAAUUUUGUGCUUGUACCAUCCCUCAGACAGAGCUAACUCUUAGAGAGUUUCCCCGCAGGCUGGGGGUUUUCCUGGACUAUGAUGGUGGGGAUGUCUCCUUCUACAACAUGACUGAUGGCUCCCACAUUUACUCCUUCUCUCAGGCUCCCUUCUCUAGGACCCUCUUCCCAUAUUUCAGGCUUGAGGAAGGACCCCAGUCCCUUACCAUAUGCUCCAUGGAGGGUGGGCCCAGGGGACGCCACGUUCUGUGUCCUCCAGGGGAGGCGUUGAGCCCUGGAUCUGGGGCUGAUGGUGCUCUUCCAGGGCCUGAAUCUCCAUUACUCCCCUCUCACCCUUAG